GACAUCUGGCAUUUCGGUACGGAGAUAAUGGUGUGGAUCAUAAUUUAUCAGUAAGUUACACAGUGAGUGUAUAUUAGCUCCAUUUGUUCUUUGCUUUGGCACCUGAUAGAGUGUUUGGACCCAGAAACUGUGAUGCGUGAUGUCAGACUUAACAAGCAGAUUUUGAAUGUUUGAUCCAUGAAUAUGUUUCUUGUCUUUUUUACUUUUUGGCUUCGUAAUGCUUAAUCAAAAUUGGACCUUCCGACAGACUUCUCUCUGGUGACAUAUGCCGGACUUCUCCAAACAUUUCGUCAUGGUUAAACCCCGCCCCAACAAGUUCACAUUAAUCUGCUCCCAUUUUUGAGUGCAACACCCACAAGCCAACAUCCAAUCAACAACCCAUGCACAGAACCAAAUCCUCUCCAUACAUUUCAAUAAUAUGUCACAAUCCGGAAGACCUGUCGCUAAUUCAGUUCAGUUUCAUUACGACUUUAAUAAGUAGUUUUUAUGCAUUCAAAAGAUCAUAAAAACAUUAAAAAAAGACUAAUACUACAAUGCUACAUUAAAAAGCUUGAAUUCUACGACGUGGCCGAGCUUUUUAGCAUUCCUAGAAGCAACAGGGUUAAUGGAGCGACUCUCCCACAAGCAAAUUACUGUAUUCGCGUGUAAUCACCAGAAAACUGGAAUCCCUCGCCUUCAUUGUUACCAUGGAAAAGAUUACUAGAAUGCUCUAACAUUUUCAUAGAUGAUGCAGAAAAAGUAUCCAUCAUAGCCAGAGUAAGUAUCCUGGGCAAAGGAAUGUUUCCAGAUACAAUAAUGGGUGAGGGAAAGCUGGAUCAGUGCUUGAUGAUUUCUAAAAGGAAAAAUAAUCUCUCUCUCUCUCUUUCCACCCCCCCUUACACAUCUCUCUCUCUCUCUCUCUCUCUCUCUCUCUCUCAGUCCCAGCCCCUGAAGGUGUCAUAACUGUGCUCUCUCCCUCUCGCUCUCUAUCACCGCCUUUCAGAUCUUUAAAAGCCGCUGCUUGCCGUUUCUCACUCGUUCUUGGUUUGUAUCCUCUGGCACUGCAGGGGACUCCCGGCUCGCAGCCUCACCAAGCAAAGCUGAAGAGCGAGCAAAGAAACAGAGAGGGGAAAAAGAAACAGACUUCCAGAAAUAGCAUCAGCCACGUACGACAGAACCGAUCAUGGAGAACCUGAGACCCAGACGCAAGAUGUCUUUCCUUUCCAACUUGACACCCGUUGUCCUGUUGCUGAUCGUCCACUGUGGAUCCUGGUCUCUGGCGGGUCGUUUGGGCCCCCACAAAAACUGCCUGACCUGCAAAGACGGGCAAUCCUCGGGCACGGGCCGGGCCUCCAGGGACCCGGCCGGGUCGGCCAGCACGACCAUGUUGGCGUUGGGGGAGCCCUGUGGUGUGUACACCCUGAGCUGUGCCAAGGGGCUUCGCUGCGUGCCCCCUCCGCGUGAACCCAGCCCCCUUCAGGCUCUGCUGCAGGGCAGAGGCUUCUGCGCCAAACAGAGCAGGACGAGUCCCACCGAGAAGCCCCGCCCCACAGGGGCACAUCCUUCACACAGUGGUGAAAUAGAAAAGGCUCCAUGUCGUAAGCUGCUCAACACUGUCUUGCGAGGUCUCGAGCUCACCAUUUUCCAGUCUGAUCGUGACAUCUACAUCCCGAACUGUGACACGCGUGGGUUCUACAGGAAAAAGCAGUGUCGGUCCUCUAAGGGCAUGCAGCGCGGCUCCUGCUGGUGCGUCGACGAGAUGGGCACCACCGUGCCGCCACGUGCCGGGGAGGAUGGUAUUUUACCAUGUGAUGGAGAGUGAGGGGAGCGACGGCCCCACAGCUCUGAGCCUGGAGGAAGAGGAGGGGUACAGGGAGAGGGGAUGACUUCAGCUCGGUGCAAGACACUGCCUGACCAGGACACACCAGGGAUAAACCACUUCACAUGGGAUCGGGCCCUCACUCAGAACGUCCAGAGCACGUUCACUGCCAUAAACUCGACCAUCAUGAACAGACAGCAUCAGCACACAGAAAUAAUGACCACUACACCACAUGAGCUUAAGUCGAGAUAGGUCAGCUGUUAGAGAAAUCUUUAAUUCCUUGCCCUAUAAUGCAACUUCUUGUAUGUGUGUGUGUGUGUGUGUGUGUGUGUGUGUGUGUGUGUGUGUGUGUGUGUGUGUGUGUGUGAGAGAGAGAGAGAUAGCUAUACUGUUAAAUCCAUCCCCUCUCCCCUUCUCCAAUGAAACACUGACUAAACUAUACUUAAGAAAACGGAAUUUACUUUCUCGUCUAAUUUAUUCUGGAGCAUUACUAAAUUUCCUUGAAUACUUUCCUCGAGGACUUGUACACAUUGUCAUGUAAUCGACAUCUAAACUCUAUCAUAAUGUGCACAUUCGGAAAGUACUCCUUUUUCGUUCAUACGACACCCUGACUACAAACACGCGUCGUGGAUUAUUUGUACAUAAGUGAGGUUAUUGUGGUUGGUUGUGUCAUGAGGUGGAAUAUUCUUGAAUGCUGAUGGCUGUUACCUUUUCUGAGAAGUUGUUAGGCAUAUUUUUAUAUAUUUCAAUUUGCUAUUUUAUAUAUAUAUAUAAAUAUAUGAAUAUAAAUAUAUAUAAAUUGUUGAUUUAUUUAAUGAACUACAAUGCCAUGUAUUUUUAUAUUGUCAGCAGUUUUUCAUUGUCAAAACAGAGCUUAUUUUAUUCACUAAGUGAGUGAGUGCCAUACGUUGGUGACCCCAUGCAAAGGGAUUAAAAACAAAAACACAAUUUAAACACCCUUUAGAGAGCAUUUACUGCUGUACAUGUGUUUUUUUUAUUAUUAUUAUUAUUAUUAUUAUUAUUAUUUCAUGUCACAUUUGUUUCAUUAUUUAUGUUGAUCCUUCAGUAUUGGAAAGUGUUACUAUAUCGCUUAAUUUUCAAUAUUUCAGAUUGUAUGCUGGGUAUUUUGUUCAGAACUCUGUUUUCUCAUUCCCACAAUGCAUUGAGGAAAAAAAAGUGCACAAAAUAAUGUCUGAGCAAUGUACCUCAAUGAUUUUGUUGUAUCAAUAUAUGUGCCAGUAGUUGUGGGCCCUUGAAAAGAAACCCAUUGCAAAAAAAAAAAAAAAUAAGGUGUGCAAGAACUGAGACAAAAAAAAAAAAAAAAAACAGAUACAGAGAAAAAUAAAUGCAUAUGUUAAUAUAAA